GGGGGCGUCGGGAACACGUGCGCGCCCCUGGCGCGGCGCCGGCCGUGGCUGCUGUCAGUUCGCUGUGGCGGCGGGACGGCGCUUCAUCCCUCAAACGUGAGGCUGCUCCGGUGUCUCUCGGGCAGAAAAUUUCCCAAGUUAAGUCAAGAUGUUUAUACUGAACCCUCCUUCCAAUCGAGAAAGACUUGAACUUGGCUGGCUUUGGAAAACACGUGAAGUGCAGGGUGCAAAACACAAUAGUAGGACUUGAAGCUUAAGCCUUUCUCCCACGUAAAGCUUAGCAUUUAGGUAUUUUUCAGCAUGCUAAGAAGUUGUUUCUUAGUGAGCAGGCAGGCCGAGUCCAGGUUCAAGAAUUUGUACGCAAGAAUGCUGCCAAUGCACUUUCUCUCUCAAAUCUUGUAAUGGGACUAUCUUCAAUUCUAUGCACCUUAAAUGGGCAGCACUUCUAUGCUUGUUGGUUUCUCCUUUUUGGAUUUCUUCUUGAUCUGGCUGAUGGAGCUGUUGCUAGACAACUUAAUGCUUGUUCUGCUCUUGGAGCCAAAUUGGAUGAUUUUGCAGAUUUCACAACAUUUGGAAUUGCAACUUCACUUUUACUGCAGGCCCAUGGCAUACUGAGCAGCAUUUUCAUCAUCUGCUACGUGAUGUCUGUGUUUAUACGUCUCUGCUUCUUUUCUAGUGGGAUUCCUUUUGUCUAUCGUGGCCUACCGUGUCCUUAUGCUUCAGCUAUCCUAUCCUCUACCUUUGUCUUGACCAGAGGGAAUUGCUUCUUCCUGUAUGUUGCAGCAGUGGUGAUGAUCCUCUUCAUGACUGACCAAGGCAAUUACCCCCAUGACAAGAUCUUGGAAACACAAUUUUGGAAAAAGGUGGUGUACAUCGGAGGUCUGAUGAUGCUGUUUUGCUGUCCACUCCGGCUGACCUGCAUGUACUAUCUGAUUUGGUGUUUCUCCUAUACUCUUUUUCCUUCUGCUCUGUGGAACUGUGAAUAUUAAAUUCAUGUUUCAUGCUUUUCCUUUAUAUGGACAGGCUUGAUGCUACAGUUCAGCAACCAGACCCAAGAUCAAUUCUUAAAAAAUCACAUAAAGACAAUAUUGUACAUGAAAUCUGUAGAAGGAUUGACCUAUUUUGACCUAGCUAAUAGGCUGGUACAGUUUUCAUUUCUCUACUUUUUCUGAUCAAUAUGGAGGUACUUGUAUUUUGCAUUCCGUUAACAAUUUAUUUCAUUUAUAGUAAUGUAAGUCAUCUCUGAUUUUUUCUUGGUUCCCCAAAAAACAAGCAGAAUGUAACAUUCCAGUUUCCUUCAUGAGCUUGAAAAAAUUCUUUGUAUUUAAAUCACUCUUGUAAGUUUGACCAUUUUUUAAAUUAAUUCCAAAAGGUAUUAAUGAUGUAUUCAGAAUAUUUUUUCCUCUAUUUGAAAAUUUUAUUUAAAUAGAGUGAACAAAUUAUUGGGUUUUACUUGCUAUGGAAACCAAUAGUUCAAGUAAGCCCAAGUUAUUAAUUAAGUGGAUCAUUGGAUCAAUUGCCUUCUAAAUCUCCCUCUGGACAGGUCAGACAUGGGCUAAGUUGUGGUUGUUUUACUUAAUGUAUUAAAGUGUAUUUGCCAAUGGGUUAAAACUUUUGAGAUGCUUAAUAGCCUUCCUGUCUCUCACCUUUAACUCCACAUUGUCCUGUAUGUUGUAUGUUCCCUGGUCAACUUUUUCAAAUUCCUCUGCUACAUUCCUUAAGUGAAUGAACGGAUGAGGGAUCCCAGACUGCUGAUAUACCCCUGAAAAUCUCUGGAUCAACUUACUCCAAGAGUUCUCCAUUCCCAUACACUCAUAGCACAAGCCACAUUAAACAAUUCCCUUCACUCCCUUCGGAAAUUUCAGUUCAAGUCACCUUUGACCAGGUUUUUCUGGGCUUCUGAAGACUUGGUAAACUCUGGGAGGAAAAAAAAAGGAAUAGUGCUGGAAAACAUGCACUGAAAUUCUAAUGCACAGCUAACCAACAUCAGUUUGACCCUAUACUGACUGCACCUAAGAUCCUACCUCUUUAUGAUUAGAGGACCUAACCACUGUCAUCCAUGGUGAUUACUAUAUUAUCCUUCAACAACUCACUCAGUGUACAAAUAGGCAAAAGGAAUGGCCACAUCUGUUUUCAAGCAUGCCCCUGGAUGUCCUAUGGAGAGGAAUCAAGACGUCAGAAAACUUCUAGGUCUAUAAUGUAAUGCUUCAGACAUACACAGCCACCAACUCAGAUACUGGCAUGCUGCAGAGGGUAAAUUAGUUUUGGUACCUAUUUGCAUGAGGGACUGAUAUGAGUAGUCUGUAGCCAGGGCAGAGUCACACAGGAGCUCUACUGCAAUGGAAGCGGAUGAGAGCUAAGACAAGGACUGAUAUCCAGCCUGUCCAACCUUUUCUUCAUAGUUUUCUAGAUACGGUCUCACCAAUGCCCUAAAUAAAUGAAACAAACAUCCCUCUUUUGUAUUCAAUUACCCAAACAAUAUAAUGAUAACCUUUCCUCAUUACAUGUUGUACCUGCCUUUUUUGAAUCAUGCACUAGGACACACAGAUCACACUGUAUCUAAGAGCUCUCACCAUCUGCAUAAUACACAUUUUUUCCUAUCAAAGUAGAUAAUUUCACAUUUUCCAGCAUUAUACUCUCAUUUGCUAGAUCUAAGCCCAUUCAUUUAACCUAUCUGUCCUCUUCACAAACUACUUUCUUGCCUAUCUUUGUAUCUUCAACAAAUUUAGCAUCAUUCUUUUGGUUCUUUCAUCCACGUCAUUUAUACAAAAUGUAGAAAGCUCCACUUUGUUAGCCCUUUUUUAAAAUUUUCUAUAGAAAUUCAGUUCAUAUAUUUCUGACCCAUCGUCCACAGCACUAUAGCCUGAAGAAUUCCAUAAUCUUACAUGAGGAAUUCUCUGAGAGAAGAAAUUAUUCUUCAGCUUAGUUUUAAAUGGCUGACCCACCAGUUCUGGACGUAUCCACCAAUGACUGCACAUGGUAUAUAUAAUGUCAAGCUUCUAUUGAGUUUAAUGUCUGAAAUUUUAAUGUGAUCACCUCUGAUUCUUCUAAACUCUAGAGAUCAUAGGCGCAAUCUAUUCAAACUCUCCUCAUAAGAUAAAUGCUUCAUUCCGAGAAUUAAUCUAGAAUU